UCGUGCAAUGCAUCCCUGCACGAUAUGUCUACUGUCGAGGCAGAACAUAUAGCAUAUGCUUGUGUUCAGGCACGCUUUGCAAUCAGUAAUAAAAACAAAUGGGCCGAAGCCGAUGGUGAAUUCAAUUACCGGGCCUUUUACUACAACAUUAUUGACUUUAUUCGUGAGUGUGAGGAUCGAGAUUGGGCACAGGGACUUCUUAAAUGGUGGAACAAGUAA